CCGCUCGUCUACCAAUAAAACCCUCCUCUAUUCCAAAGCCCAAAACCCUUGGCGGCGGUGCUGCGAAGAGCUUUCGUUCCCUUCUCUCUCUCCAUCCGCUCUAAAACCCCCAAAUUGAUCUGGGGAUAUUUUAGGGUUUUAUUGGACACUCUCUCACCAUCUGCAAGAAAGAUCUGUUUUUGUUUCAAACCCUCUUUGUUUGAACAUGGCUGCUGUUACUCCUUCCGUAGAUCAAACUGCAGAUUUGCUACAGAAUUUGAACUUGGAUUCUCAAACAAAGCCUUCAGAGGUUUCUGACGCCGCUAAGAAGACCUCUGUUUACCAGUAUGGCUCAGCCAAUCUGGGGAAUGUUCCAAAUGGUCAGCCCCAGCAAAGUGUGGAUCCAAAUAUGUGCUACACUCCUAAUGGUUUUGCCCCUACGCCCUAUUUCUAUGGAAGUAAUGACUGGGACAACUAUUUGAGAUAUGCGAAUUCGGAGGGAAUGGAUAUGUCCUCUGCAGUUUAUGGUGACAGUGCUCCUGUUAUGUAUCACAAUGGCUAUGUAUAUCCCACAUAUGGUCCAUACUCUCCCGCAGCUACCCCGAUUCCUACAAUGGGGAAUGAUGGUCAGCUAUAUGGGCCUCAGCACUAUCAAUAUCCUUCUUAUUUCAAUCCAACUACAACCUCUGGGCCAAUAACUUCUAGUUCAGUGGCCCCUCCACAGGAUGCUUUCUCCACCUCCACUGUUGUUGAUCAGAAGGCUUUGUCUGUGGAAACAUCUAAAGGCAAUUCUAAUGGAACUGCAACUAAUGGGGUUGUGAAGGCAAACAAUGGUCCUGUUCCAUUUAAACCAACUCACAAUAACUCAUUGUUCACUCCAAGUAAUGUCAAUGGUGGUGCUUUGCCAGGGGGUAUUCCUGCUUCUGGCUAUCCAGGUCCAAGAUUUGGUUUUGAUGGGCCUCUUACCAGUGCCGGAGUUACUUCCUCAUUCUCGAAAUCAAAGAGUAGUUCUUUCCAGAGAAAGUACAAUCCGAAUUCUCACUACACGGGUUUUCACAACCCUAGUCCAGUGUCUGGCAUGGGUUCAACUCAUGGGCUUAUGAAUGGGAUGUAUCCAAAUGGAUUUUAUGGUCAUUAUGGAGGUGCCUAUAGAUCUGGUAUUGGCUAUGGAUCCACCGGGUAUGGUUCAAGAACAAAUGGACGUGGGUGGCAUGCUGCUGAUGGCAAGUACAGACCCAGGGGACGGGGUUAUGGCUAUGGUGGGUAUGUCAAUGAGAAUGUUGAUGGUUUGAACGAGCUGAAUAGGGGACCUCGGUCAAAGGGACCUAAAAACCAGAGGGAUUUUGAGCCCAGCACAUGUGUUCAAACUGAAUCAUCAGAUGAAACAAGUGUGGAAGAGACAUCCAAGACCAGUGUGCUCCCAGGCUUGGAAGAGUUCAAUAAAGCAAAUUUUGCUGAUGAUUAUGCUGAUGCAAAGUUCUUCAUUAUUAAGUCUUACAGUGAGGAUGAUGUUCACAAGAGCAUCAAGUACAAUGUCUGGGCCAGCACACCGAAUGGAAACAAGAAGCUUGAUGCAUCGUACCGAGAGGCUCAGCAGUUAUCUGGUUGCUGUCCUGUAUUCCUUUUUUUCUCGGUCAAUACUAGUGGACAGUUCGUUGGCCUUGCAGAGAUGGUGGGUCCAGUUGAUUUUGAUAAGAGCGUGGAAUAUUGGCAACAAGACAAGUGGACGGGUUGUUUUCCGGUUAAGUGGCACAUUGUUAAGGAUGUGCCAAACAAUUUACUUAAACAUAUUAUCCUUGAGAACAACGAGAAUAAACCAGUCACCAACAGCAGGGACACUCAAGAGGUCAAGUUGGAGCAUGGGCUUAAAAUGAUCAAGAUAUUCAAAGAUCAUUCGAGUAAAACAUCCAUUUUGGAUGAUUUUGGGUUUUAUGAGGCCCGGCAAAAGAUAAUUCAGGAAAAGAAGGCAAAGCAGCAGCUCCAGAAAGUGUUGUGGGAUGGAAAGCCCAAGGAAGAGAAGAAAGAAGCUGAAAAUGGAUCGCAGCAAGUGUCAUUGGAGGUUGCAUCAGUUUUAACUGAUGAACCCACUUCAUCAAAGCUCCCUACUAGUGAGCAUCAUGAAAAUGGAUUGGCUUCACAAGGUGGCAAUGUCCCCCAAGGUGACAAAUCAGUUGUGUCUGAGAAAAUAGCUAAUGGGAUGUCAAAUGGUUGUUAGGCAUCUGCUGACACAGUGGCAGUCUGGUAUGGUUUGGUUAGAGUUGAUCUUAAAAGUUUUUCCAUACAGAAGUAAUAUGGUUUUAUCAGCUUCGACGAGGCGGCCACAGAGAAGAUCUGCUCUGCUGCUUUGAAGUGUCAGAUAUUUGUAGAGGGAAAGGGUAAUUGUAAGAUUCUUCAGUUGGUAGGGCAUAGGGCUUUUCUAGAAGUCUAGAUCGAAGUAUUGAACCCAUGUUUUUCUGUUUUCAUAGCAGUUGGUUCCUUGUGAGAAUUCAUUCCUCAGGGGGGUAUAGGUUUAGGUUUGUCUGUCAUGGUGUCUUUUGUUUUCCUUUAUUUUUUUUUUCCGGUUCUUUCUUGGUGGUUCGACCAUUUCCUGCAUUGGAAAUUUGGAUAUACUUGGUUGCAAGGCGGCUUUACUUGUAUUAGUAAGAGGGCUGAAGCAAAGGUGGGUGAGAUUUCACAAUAUAGUUGGAAUGAGAUUUAGCUUUUUGCUUUUGCAUCCAUUUCUGCUGCUCUUACUCAAAAUCUUCAUGCUUUAAGAGGACUAUCAUAUGCUGAUGUUGAUCUAAACAUAUGUAAACCAUAUGGGAAAUUUGACUUGUGGUCUUGACCUUCAA